AUGGUUUCAUUUCACUACACACGCAAAGACAAGGAGUCCCAUCUUCCACAUUCUCACGCCUUUGGCUUGAUAAAACAUACACGUCGACACUCGCACCCAACAGCAUCGCGACAAUCUUCACACACCUCGUUGCACACUCAACCCGAAACUGCAGACCUAGACACCUACACCUCAAACAUGCGCACCUGGACUCUAAACCUCUUCCACACCGCCUUCCCUACAGUCCCCCACCGCCUCUCCAGACACCAAUACUCCUAUACAACAUUCUCGCAUACACCUACGAUUGUAUCGCCUCUAUAUCCUAAAGAUUCUUUAUUGUACAGCAGCAUCACACCGCGAAGUGUUGAGGCUGAUCAAGAAGAGCUGUUGGGAGAUAUAGACACUACACCCUGUAAUACGCCCAAGACCAGGGGACUGAGAAGGAGGAGUACGGUUGUUGCGGCAAAGGGAGGGAGAGUGAAAGAGGAGAUCGCUGAUGAGGGAGAGGGGCAGGCGAGGUUAAGGCCUGUGGAGUUGACGAGGAGUUUGAGUUGUGCUGGUUGA